AUGGGUUCUUGCUCCAGUUGCCCAGCAGAUGAUGGAUGGUCCUCUGAGCAUCAGCAGCAUGCCCCCAUGUGGUUGGUGAAAGCUGCCCAGGUGCUUGAGAUGACAGGCAGAUUUCGGCCACAUCAGAUUUUGAAGGCUGAAGGUCUUUUGGCCAAAUGGAGUGCGAAUAAGUUUACCAUGUUUGUCUCUCAUCAAUGGCUAGGGUGCCACCACCCAGAUCCCGACGGAACACAGCUGGAAGAGCUUCAAGGCUUCUUGCGCAACCUUUUUGCCAAAAAGAUCAAAAUUGAGGCAGAUGUUAUUUCGCAAUUCAAUGGCCGCUCUCCGACAGAAGCAGAGCUUUCGCGUUUCAUUUGGUUGGAUUACUUCUGCGUUCCUCAAGUGAUGGAUGGACAUGGGCCGAAUGGACUGGCAGAGCAACAGUCGCUGUACAUUCAGAGCAUUCCAAACUAUGUGGAUAGUUGCAACUUGUUUGUCGCAUUAGUUCCGAAUGCCAUGCACAGCGAUGCAGGAUCACAGUGCAACAUGCACACCGCCCGCGCCCGCCCGGACAUCUCCACCGCCCUCCGCGAGAACGUCGACAUCGUCUUCUCCACCUGGGACACCUUGGCUGCCGCCCGCCCUCCGCCGCCCGCCGCCUCCGCUGCCCACAGCUGGGACUUCCUCGCCUGGCCCCUGGAUGGCACCGCCCGCUAUGUCUGCACCACCUGCGGCGCCACCACCAUCGACCACAAAACGCGGCCCAAGUGCCCUGGCCGUCGCGUCUGGAGCAACGCCCGCCGCAAACUCUCCCUGGAACUGCACGAGCUCCUCAAGCAAGGCCCCUCGCCUCACCACGCCGCCGCCCGCCGCAUCAUCGAUGCCCUCCACUUGCCCGUCUUGGCCCUUGCGCGCCGCCACUCCCUCCACGUCCUUGCCAUCCAGGAAACCCGCGUCCACUUGGAUUCCCAUGACGCCGUGGCCCGCGCCGCCCAGCAUGCCGGCUAUUCCGCCCACUUCCUGCCGCCCCCCCCCGCCUCGCCCGGCGGCGGCCUCCUGUGCCUCACCUCCCUCCCGGCCGCCUCCUGGGCCCUUCCCGCCAACCCUGCCUUUGACCACCGCGCCCAGGCGCCCCGGCUUCACAGGCCCCAGGCCCGCCCGGUCACCCUCAUCAACUUCCACGGUCCGCCCUCCGACCCCAGCACCGCCGCUGAGGCUGCCACCGCCCUCCUCGCCCAGGCGCAAGAACUUGGCGACCCUUGGAUCUUCAUCGGCGACCACAAUCGGCUCUCGCACCAAUGGCCCUACGCCACCUUGGCAGCCAACGGGGAAGCACAUCUUUGGGACGACUUCUUCCUCGUGGCCCCGCACCACGGCACGCGCCGCCGCCCCGACGGCACCUACACUGGCCGCACGGUGGACUUCGCCCUGGCCCACCGGCAACUCCGCCCCACCGCUCGUCACCAACAUCGCGGCCCUGGAGAUCACGACCUCGUCGUCUACAGCGUCGAAUGGAACCCUCCACCGCCCACGUGGACCUUUCCUCGGCCCCCGUCCUUCGGCGCUCCGAGCCCGCAGGACGCCACGCGCUGGGACGCUUGCUGGACUGCCUCCGGCCCCGCCUUCUCCGACGCCCUGGCCCGCAACGACCUCGACACCGCUUGGACGCUCCUCUCCAACGCGGCCGAAACUGCCUUGGGUGCCCCCACCACCACCCGCUGCCACGCCCCCCUCCCCAGGGUCCGGGACCCCACGGGCCACACCCACGCCCCCCGCUGCCAACCCUUGGUUGAGCGCAAGCUUCCGCCGCCUUGCCCGCCGCGCCGCGGAGCGGCCGCCGCUGAGGCCCUUUUUGCUUUGGCGGACCACACUGCGGAGCAGUGUGCGUCCCACCGCCUUGCUGCCUGGAAGGCGGCUGUACAGGAAGACCUUCCGCGAUUGGCCAAGUGGAUCAAAGCCACGGGGCCAUCGCAUCCUCCGGGGGAACCCCGCCACCCUGCGGAUGUGGCCGCUGAGCAAGCUGCGCUGUGGCAGGCUCGUUGGUCGGCCCCACCGGUCCCGUUGGAACCGGUCGCUGCCCUCUGCGCCCAGGUUCGCUCGGCGGCUACGCCUUGCGCCCUGGAGCUCACCGCUGACGAUAUUGGCGCAGCUCUGCAGAGGGCGGCGCGCACUGCCGCUGGCUUAGAUCAGUGGCACGCCACAGAGCUGCUCCGGCUUCCCCCCCUUUUUAGGGAGGCCGCCGCACUCUUGUGGCACCGGUGCAUUAGCACCGGGCGGCUACCUACUACUUGGCUCCACGUCCGCAUCACCUUGUUGGACAAGAGCGACGGCGGCAAACGCCCCCUCGCCAUUGCUGCCAUCAUGUACAGGGUUUGCAUGUCCGCUACUCUGCGCUGUCUCCGUUCCUGGAUCGCUGGCUGGGCGCCCCCCACCUUGUAUGGUGGCAUCCCUGGCCGGGGUACCGAUGGCGUGCAUAGCGCCCUCUUCGGUGCCCUGCACCAGCAACAAGCUGGUCGCUGCAUGGCCGGCGCCAAAGCCGACAUCCAGCGGUGCUUCGACUCUGUUGACUUUGGCGUUGCCUUUCUUGUCUUUGACCACUUGGGUGCGCCGGCAGGCCGGGACGCGGUCUCCGCGCUCGUGGCUGCUGCAGAACAUGCGGCGGACACGGACCGCAUCUUCGGUUUCACUGUGCACCCCGCAAAGCGGGAGUGCUUCGCUCUUUCCCCGCGGGACCGCCGGGCGCUGAGCAGCGAAGCUGCUCUCCUCGGCCCGGUCACCGCUGCCCCCACUUUGCUCGGCGUGACUUACCGCUUCGGGCGUGCGGGCAAGCCGGCGCACACCGACUUGACCACCAAGCUCAUCCAGCGGUGCCGCAAAAUCGGUCGGGUUGCCCGUUCCGUGCCCCUGCGCCGCGCCCUCCUCCAGCUCCUCGUGGCCUCCCUCUUCCGCUGGCUUGGUCCUUGGAGCACCUUCCCUGCCAACACCCUCCGCCGCUGGUCCUCCCACAUGGAAUCCGCCUUGUGGGGCCGCCGGCCCCCCCCCGGCCGGGACCGCUACCUCUUCUGGGUGACGUUUGGGCCCCACACCAUGCAUCCCGAGUACCUCAUCCACUUCGAAGCCCUGCGGCGCGAAUGGCGUGCUGGCUCGUCGACCCCUUGCCCUACUGCGACUGCCGCCUUCCAGUUCUUCCGCUGGACCCGCCACCCCACCCACUGGGACACCCCCUAUGGUCCCAUCCGCCCUGCUUGGGAUACCGAGCGCCUCCUGGGCCACUUGGCUGCCCGCUCCUGGCUCCGCCUCCUCUGGGACCACGACACGAAAACGGCUGACCCCAUCCGCCCCACCCAGGAACCGUUGACUGAGCACCUCCGCCCCUUCCGCUCCACCCUGGAUCCUCACCUCCGCCGGGUUGUGCUUGGUUGCGCUGCUGAUGCCCGCCUCCUCGCCCGCCUGGGUCACAACAAACCCUGCGCCUGCGGCAACCCCUGCCCCAGCAGAACACACCUCACCUUCCAGUGUCCGCUGAUCCCGUGGUCUCAGGCUCGGGCUACUGAUGCUGAGCGCCGUUUGCUCACAAGGCUGGUGACCUUCCUUCCCGCUACCCUGGAUGUGCUUGAUCCACCAGUCGACCUGGUACAUUAUCUGCUACGACAACGCGCUGCUGGGACCUCUAUCAUCUGCAUGGCGUUGGACGGCUCUUGCUUGGACCCUACAGGUCAAACUUUUGGAUGUUGCACUGCUUGGGCUGCUGCUGCAGCGGAUGGCCACACUUUUGGCGGUGCUCUUACUGGUGCGGACCAUACUCCCCACUACGCGGAGCGCAUGGCCCUGUGGUAUGUCACUGCGGCUGCAGCCGCUGCGGCUCUGGAUGUCUUGGUCCUUACGGACAACGAAGCGGUGGCGCGUCGCUUUGACAGCCUCCUUCGUUAUGGGAGGAAGGCAGGCGAUGCCUCGGAGUUCUGGCAUCAACUACUGGCACGCUGGCGACCAGCUUCGCGAUUGGCUUGGAUCCCAGCGCAUGGCAAACGCCCGGGAUGGACACCCCCGGCAGGAUAUCCUUCCCCUGAUCUCUGCAGGGCCAUGAAUGCAGCUGCCGAUUCGACAGCGAAACAACUGGCGCAUGAUCAUGGGGCUGGAUACUACACAGUGGCGCAGGAACGACAAGAUGCUCUGCGGUGGGCAUCUACUGCUGUGCAGCGACAAAGCGUGGUGACACGCGCAUGGUGGGACCUUUGCUUACCUCACUUCGUUUUUCGAAAUGAGGUGGCGGAGUUCCGAGCGCCAUUGUGGCACCGAUACCCAGUGCAGUCGGGUUGCAAGAUCAUUCAGAAGGCUUUCGACCAGCAUCUCCCAAAGCUUCGGCAUGGCAAGAGCAUGACAACCUACCGUUUGCAUCUGGCACUUUGUGAAGAUAUGACAGGUCUUGCCAAAAAGCAUCGCAGCCUUGAAGAAUUCCUUGUGGAUUUUUCUUUCUCCAGACCUUUGGCACAGUACCAAGGCUUAGGCCCGGUGGCAUGCGCUGCUUUGUCGGGAGAUCAUGAGCUUAUUCGUGGCCUUGCACUGCACUUGCCAAAGCUUCCCUCCAUACUCGGGCACCAAGUAUGCCUGAGGUCUUCAGCACCGCAGGCCUCACGCCUUUGCAUUUAG